AUGUCUGAGAACAAGAACCUAGCCGGCAAAGUCGCAGUCAUCACGGGCUCCAGCCGCGGCAUCGGCGCUGCAAUCGGCCUGAAGUUCGCCUCACAAGGUGCCAACAUCGCCAUAAACUAUGUCUCCACAGCCUCCGCCCCAGCCGCAGAGUCCGUGGCCGAACAAAUCCGAGGUCACGGCGUGCGAGCCAUAACCAUCCAAGCCAACGUCUCGCAAGAGAAUGAGGUAAAGACCAUGUUCGAGACCGUGAUGCGCGAGUUCGGACGCCUGGACAUUGUAGUGAGCAACUCGGGCAUCGAACACUUUGGAAGUCUGGAGAAGGACACGGGCGAUGACAUUGACCGUAUCUUCGCGGUCAAUGUCAAGGGGCAGUAUUUCGUUGCUCAACAGGCGUUUAAGCAUAUGAGCGAGUACGGGCGUGUUAUGCUGACCUCGUCCAUUUCUGCCGUUCGGGGUGUUCCGCACCAUUCAAUCUACGCGGCGUCCAAGUCAGCAAUUAUCGGCAUGACCAAGUGUCUGGCUGUGGACUUUGGCGCUCGUCAAAUCACCGUCAACUGCAUUGCCGCUGGAGGUGUCAAGACGGAUAUGUACACCGAGAUGGCGGCCAAGUACAUCCCCGGAGGCGAGAAUCUGACACCCAAGCAGAUCGACGAGUGCAUGUCCAAGUGGUCGCCAUUGGGUCGACCCGGACUUCCGGAGGAUGUUUCGGGUGUUGCGAGCUUGAUUGCUAGUCGGGACUCGCAGUGGUUGACGGGGCAGACGUUCCAUGUUUCUGGUGGUGCGCAUAUGGCUUCUUAG